AUGGGCAGUGCAGUGACCAUCUUCUCCAUCCUUUGUGGGGCCUUUGCCAUGGCCAGCACCAUCACCUCGCUCUGCACAGACUGUUGGCAGAUUAACAGCAAAGGCUCAGUUGUUCUGAGCACCCGGUGUCGUGGCCUCUGGAGAGAAUGUGUCUGGGACAAGUUUGUGAAGAUCUGGACCUGUGAUGUUUUCAGCUCCUACCUGAAUCCACAUCCAGCUGCAAUCAUUCUCACACGGACGCUGCUGAUCACUUCCAGCAUUGCUAGUGCUGGCGCAUUUCUCUGCCUGUUGUUGGGAUUUAAAUAUUUCAGCUGCUGUCAGGAACCUCUGGCUAAACAACACUGGCUCUGCCUGGCUGCCGGACUCUUCUUCCUCGGAGGCAUUUCAACCUCUGUUGGUGUCAUAAGAUACUGCGUGUAUGUCUACUCCCUGCACCAGUACGAGGUGUCUCUAAAAAUCCCAGGAUUCCCAAGCUUUGAAUACGGCUACUCCCUAUGGAUGGCUGUGGGGGGCAGCCUAGGGGCUAUUGUUGCAGCUGGUGUAUCCUGCUAUGAAGUUCUGUUUAAAAAAGAUCCCAGGGCAAAUGCAAAUGCAGUGAAGGAAGUAGCUGGGAGUGGGUGCCCUGCUGACAUGGACAUUGUGCGUACGUAUGUGUGA